AUGGUACGCUCGGCCCACGGGAUACUCGCGGCUUUUGUCACCCGUUGUGUUGGUGUGGAGGAAGACAAAGCGGCAGAUAUUGACCAGUAUCACUGUCCUAACUGCCAGGUGACACAUGGACCCUCUGUCAUCCUGCUAAAGCCGACUGGGGCCCAGCUCACGGUUGAGUUUCUAGAGGAGCGCUCCUUUAGCGUCCCAGUCCUGGUCCUCAGGAAAGAUGGUCUGGGCAUGAAUUUGCCCCCGUCGUCUUUCUCUGUGUCAGAUGUAGAGCAUUAUAUCGGUUCUGACAAGGAAAUUGAUGUGAUUGAUGUCAACCGCCAAGCAGACCUGAAGAUGAAACUGGGAGAGUUUGUCGAGUACUACAACAGCCCAAACAGAGACAGAGUACUCAAUGUGAUCAGCUUAGAGUUCUCAGACACUAGGUUGUCAAAUCUAGUGGAGACACCAAAGAUUGUGAGGAAGCUGUCAUGGGUGGAGAACCUCUGGCCUGAGGAGUCUAUUUUUGAGAGGCCUAAUGUGCAGAAAUACUGCCUGAUGGGAGUGAAGGACAGUUACACAGACUUUCACAUUGACUUUGGUGGAACUUCUGUGUGGUAUCAUGUUCUCCGGGGUGAGAAGAUCUUUUACCUCAUUCGUCCCACUGCUGCUAACCUGUCGCUUUUUGAGCGCUGGAGUUCAUCCUCCAAUCAGAAUGAGCUGUUUUUUGGGGACCAGGUAGACAUGUGCUACAAAUGUUCACUAAAGCAAGGAAACACCCUCUUCAUCCCAACAGGGUGGAUUCAUGCUGUUCUGACUCCUGUGGACUGUUUGGCAUUUGGGGGAAAUUUUCUACACAGCCUCAACAUUGACAUGCAGCUUCGAGCGUAUGAAAUAGAAAAAAGAGUGAGUGAGGAAGACUUGUUCAGGUUUCCGAACUUUGAGACUGUGUGCUGGUAUGUUGGCAAGCAUCUGCUGGACACCUUCAGAGGUCUAAGAGAGAAUCGACGGCAUCCUGCCACAUAUUUGGUCCAUGGAGCCAAAGCUCUCAAUAAUGCUUUCCGCAGCUGGACACGGAAGGAAUCCCUGGCUGAACAUGAACAUGAGAUACCAGAGACUAUAAAGACCCAGCAGCUAGUGAAGGAUCUGGCUAAGGAGAUACGCCUAGUUGAGGAUAUCUUCCAGCAGAACAUCGGCAGGAGUGGGACACCAUUUGGUGGCUCUCAGGGUCUUCCCUCUCCUCACCCCAAAGCUCCAUUAAACACAUCCCUCACUUUUGGCCAGCACCCUGGUAAAAAGAAAGGCCCCAAGCUGAAGGAUGGAUUUGGAGGAGGGGGUGUAGGCCUUCCAGGAGCUAAGAAAAAGAGCCAAAAAGGCAAAGAGAUAAAAACAGAAGCUGGAGAGCUGGACCUGCUGGAGAUCCAUACUAAACACACGCUCAAGAAGUUCCAGCCAGGGUGCAAAGUAAAAAAGAACAAGCUUGAGCUGCCUAAUGACUGUCUAGAUGAUUUUGAAGAGAAGAUCAACAAGAGCAAGCUUAAGCUUGUGCUGACUAAUGGAAAGAUACAAGGGAAGAAGGGUCGUGCUGGCAGUGCAAAUGGAGCCGGGAGUUCACUUCAGCAGUUCCAGCCCCACAUGGCUACUUUGUCUGACUUUGACUCAGAAGACGAGCUUCAGAUUGAUGAAACCCCUCCACCUCGCCGUAGACCGUCUCUAUCUAGCAAGAAGAAAUUAGCUGGUCUACCAAGGAAACUGCCUCGGGCCAAACCAUGCAGCGACCCCCACAGAAUCCGUGAGCCAGGAGAAGUGGACUUUGAUAUUGAGGAGGAUUACACCACAGAUGAGGAGAUGCUUACAGUGCAGGGUGUAAAAGGCGGAGCAGGCGGGAUUUUAGACUUGCUCAAGGCAAGCAAACAGGUGGCGGGUCUUGAUUCUGCACUGAGGCUCAAUUCUACUAAUUUUCGCCUUAUCAUGAAGGAGGAAGCACCAGCCUCCCCCAGCACCCGUGAUGCUAUCCAGGGCAUGCUCUCGAUGGCCAACCCUCCAUCAUCCUCAUCCUCUUCCUCCUCCUCCUCUCCUCUAUCUAUCUCUGGAGGAGGUGAGAUGCUGGGGCUUAUAAAGGAGAAAGGAGGGAGAGCUGGGUGGAUAAGUGGAGUCAAGAAGAGUGAGAAAAAGACCACAUUUCAGAGGCCAGGAAAACGGCCUGUCAAACGACCAGCACGGCACCUCAGUGAUGAAGAAAGCUUGGAUGAACAGGAGACCUUGGGUACCUGUUUUAAAGACUCUGAUUAUGUGUAUCCAUCACUAGAAUCUGACGAGGAGGAUCACAUAAGCAAGUCCAAAAUGAAAAGAAAGCGAAACUGGGAUGAUACACCCUGGAGUCCUAAAGCUCGUGUGACCCCUACACUUCCUAAGCAGGAGCGGCCGGUGAGAGAGGGUGCAAGGGUGGCUUCUGUAGAAACUGGACUUGCAGCUGCUGCUGCCAAAUUGGCACAACAGGAACAGCAGAAAACCAUAACCAAGAGAAAAUACACCAAGAAGAAGGUCCCUCAAGAGAAAGUACAUUCUGCAGCUGCCCAGCUCCAGUGCCAGCCGGACUCUGCCCCUGUGUCUCCUCCUCUGCCCUCUGAGCCUCCUGUGGACUGCAUAGUUGAGGAGAGGAGAGUGGAGGUGUACUCUGCUAGCCUGCUGGACCACGAGUACACAGCAGGACCAGGUCCGUUCAGCCCAGGGGGCCCAAGAGGAAGUGGUGCCAUGGCCCCUGGCGUGUUCCUGACUUCAAGACGGCCCUCACUCUCUCCCCAAAACAGCAGCAGUUAUUCUCCCUCUCUCCCCUCACCUGGAGGGCUGGCUACUCCAACGUCUGCAGGAGUGUGUCAAGGAAAACGUCCGAAGAAAGGACUUGCUACGGCUAAACAGAGACUGGGAAAGAUUCUGAAAAUACAUAGAAACGGCAAGCUUCUCCUGUAGUGUGAUAAUAAGGAGAGGAGACUGCAGGGAACAAUAGAGGAGGAGAAACCGAAUAAGGAUCAGAGAGGACUUGAGUGAUUUUGGUGUUAAUUUAUGUGACUGUUUUAUGGUUAAUGUUCUGCUAGCCUGGUUUUUAUUUGCUUCAUCGGGAUGAAAAGUGAAAAGAAUGAGAAAAUUCAAUUGAAAUUAAUUUAGCAUGGUGUUUUAGAAUAGAAAUUCUAUUUGAAAAGCAAAUAGAGCUAAACGGACAGAUACAAUAAUGGAGUGAUGACUGUGUUGCUAAUUGUUUUUCCAUAAUUUUCAGUACUCCACCUCUGAAAUGAGCUCUGUACCCUUUGUUCCAUAGUUAUUGACUUAGUUUUAACAUUGUAUAUUUCUAAGAAAAAAAGCUGAAUGCUGAGGAGCACUUGAUGUUAGAUUAAAUUGCCUAAAGCCAUUGCAAACAAAAAGAUUACAUUGUUCAGAAGAUCCCUGACUGGUUUAUUUGAAAAAUUGACUUCGCAAAAAAAUAGCAAAUAGGUUGUUGUUUGGCCUGAAUUGUCAAAAGUCAAUUUAUAAAUGUCACCCUUUCUCAUAGCUAUUUGUCCCGGUCCAGUCUCCUUCCGAAGCCAUGCAUAUUAUUUAUUUACAUGCUUCAUUUAGUAUCUAUUCAUAUCAAAUUAUUUUAUACCAUAGUAGGCAAUUUGAUACACAAUUGACCGUAAUUGCGGUAGAUUAAGUCCUGUAGUAAUGUCUCUUUGCUUGUUAAAAUGUUUUGACUGUAAUACUAACACAUUUUUAUCAACAGUUGUAUUUUAGAUGUGUAUAUAUUUUAAGUUUGUCUUGUUUUGUUUGUUUUCCACUUAGCAUGGGCAGCAUAGUGUCCUGUCACCAUUUGGCCAGGGUUGUCUUUCCCAUCUAUAGUACAGCUCCAUGUUUAAUUGUAGCGAUUGAGCUCAGUGGUGGGCACGUUUUAAUGUAGUAAUUGUAAAGAACACAGAAAUUGGCUUUAGAGCGGUUUGAGAUCAUAUGGCUGAUUCAGUAGGUUCAGUGUACAUAUUUGGUGUUUUAUUAUUUUUUAUUAUUAUUAACUUUUUUUCUUUAGAAAGAAAAAAAAAUUGCAUUGGAAUCUUGUACAAAAAUACCUGUUUUGGGUAAGUAACAGCAUACGAGUUGUUUAGUUCAGUUUUAUUUGUAUAGGAUAAUUAUGCUGUUAUUUUUCAUUGACGCUUAUGAUAUUAGCAAUGUGAUGAAGUUAAUGUAUUCUAUUGCUACUUCAAUGUUAUUGUUCAUUUUAUUUUUCCCCCACUUAUCAAUAAUAUUAAUUUUAAUGUCAAUAUACUUUAGUUUUGCUUUUUUAUAUAAUACUCCAUUCUAGAAGAGUAAAAUGUAAAAUGUUUUUGUAAUUCUAUGUAAUGGCAACAGUUUUUUUUUUUGUCUUCUCCUUUGACCAUUAUGUCAGAACCAAAAAAUAUUGAUAAAUUAGUGGGCCAGUGUAAAUAUUAUUUUAGUUUUUUCUUCUUCUUUUCCUCCCUUUAAAAUGUCACGGAUCUUGUCAUCAUGCUAUCCAAUUGUAGAAAUUUGUUUUGAACGUGAAAUAAGACAGUUGUUCGAAUAUUCUGGUAAAACUAUUAUUUUUAGAUAUUGUUUUCAGAUGAUUCUGAAAUGAUUCUGGACAUUUUGGUAAUAUUUUGAGUUUUUUGUACAUUUAUUUAGUUUGUCAUCAUCUUCACAUGCUACUUACACUCAUAUUUUACUAAACAUCUGUGCCUUCAGUGAAGUACAUAGUGAGCUCUCUUACUGAAACUGUGCAUAUCUGCACGUCUUUUGAUACUAGAUUUAGUUUAAUGGCAUCUUGUCUACUGAGAUAGCUAUUCAGGAUUUCUGGCAAUUGACAGUGAAAAACAGGAAUGAUGGGAAGCAAGAUGUGCAACAAAGAAAGUGUUCAAAAACCUCAAAAUAUGCGAGGACUGACUUUUAAAUAUGUUCUUAUUAAAACUUACAUUUACUUAA